UGCCCCGGGUGAGGUCCGACACUGACCCUGCUAUGGCCGUCUCCUCCAACCAUGUCAUUCAUGCUGUCGCCAAACACUUGAAAUAUUAUAUUGACAUACAACGGAAAGAAGAUGGCUUUAACCUCUCUGGAAUUGAUGCACGUCACACGCACAACCCUAAUUGUAAACCUCUGCCAAUAGUGGGUAUUGAAAAAGUCCAUGACAGAAGCCUUAAACAUUAUUUCAGUGAUCCUAAUUUUAAAACAAUUCUUCAAAUGAGCUAUGGACGAACAAUUGAAAAACAGAAAAGAAAAUUACAAUUAAAUCACAAAAGGGAAAUCAAUGUGCAGAGAAUGAUCAGGAAAAAAAUGUCCAAACUGGAUUUUUCAAAUUUUGGACCUCAGAAUGCAUUCAAUCUGGAAAGGCUGAAAAUUGAAAAAAGGGAACGGGUUCACCUUUACCCUAAAGUUUUCCAUCAAGUUCCACCCCCUCGCAUCACAAGAAGUGAAGUCGUUCGGCUCAUCUCCUCAGCAUCUAAACUUAUUGUUGCUACUGAAAUAAUACCUCAAAAUCCAUACAAAAAACACAGUUCAAAGAGAACAAUGAAACCAGACAUUCUGAAGCGAAGUGGAAAAGGGCCAAAGUGGACAGAAUAUGAAGUUUCUGUUUGUACAGGAAACUGCCUUAGGUUGGGUUCAAAGGCAGACAUUUGUAUUAGCUUCUAUGGAGAAAAGGACCAGGUGAAAGAUAUAAUGUUGUGUAACUCAUUUACCAAUCCUAUUCCUUUCCAAAACAACCAGAUCGAUGUUUUCUUGCUGGAAACUCAGGAUGUUGGAAAAUUCAAAUACAUCAAAAUAAGAUAUGAUGGCAAUGAAGCUGGUUCUGGAUGGUACUUAAAGGAUAUUGUUAUAAAGAAGUGCCUGAAUGCAGCGUCAGUGUGUGUGUUCCACUGUAACACAUGGUUUGCAUCACAAGCCUGUGGUAACCAUUCUUCCCAGAAGUUUCUGCCUGAUCUUGGUGCAGAUCUAGGGGAUGGUAAAAGUUCCCGCAAGGGCUGGGAGUCAUUAACACAGAAAGGGGAUUGUGCAGUGGGCAUGGGCUCAGAACAGUUGAACAUCGAAUUGAGCAGAAUCAACAUGCUUAAAGAAGAAGAUGAUUUCUCCUUUUUCAUUUUUAUGAAAAAGAAAAAAGGUCAAAAUGGAAAAAGCAAACAAAGAAUUGAAAGUGCCAGAGUGGUUGGUAAAGAUGCACGUGGACCACAAACUGGUUCCUUGAGAUCAACAAAGAGACCACCUGAUAAAGGGACGUAUCAAACCCCUGUCCCCAUCCACAGCAGCACGAGUUCAACAGAUAAUUCAGAUCAACGGCCAUCAUUCAGCAUCGUGCAGACACCAUUACAAUGUGAGACCCCCAUUUCUGGAGCUCAGCUCGAGUUCUGCUCGCCUCAAGUUCAGAAAUAUUCAUCAGAGAGACAGCCAGCAUCCGGGACCCCCCUUAAAAAGAAAGAUAUUGUCAAAGAGGUAAUUGGUGGCGAAAAUGGGAGCCAAAUCAACGGUGAUGUCCAUGAAAGAAUAUCCUAUAUCUGUUUAGAUGAGACCAAAGUAACUGAGAAAACCGCUGAGUUUCCCUGUACUGUGAAGCCACUGACCAACCGCACUGAAGAAUGCUCUGGUGAGGACCGUUAUUAUUGUACAGACAUCGAUCAGUUGCUUCCAAAAGGUUUCAUGGAGGAUGUGGUACCAUCAGAUAUGUUUGGUAGCAAAUCAGAAAAGGAAUGGAGUGACAGAGACAAGAGUCCAAAGUGUUUAUCGGAGGCACCACAUUUUGUUCAUGACAUUGAAUGUAAACCACAGGCAGAAGCAGCACCAGAUCCACCUCAAAACAUUGCUGCUGCUGCUGAUAAUCAUAAAGAUGACGUUGACAAUAACUCAGCAAAGAUGACGUGGGACUCCACUGAUGGAAAAGCUACAAAUGUGGAAAACUGGGGCAAGAGCCAUUUGCAGGAAGGAACCGUGGCCACAGAGGUAACUAAGGGCCUUAUGUCAUCAGCAACUAAUAACCAUAAAAGCUUACAUGCUGUAACAGGUUCUGACAGUAACUCCAGACGUGGAGUAGAAGAGCAAGAUCAUAUUGGAGUUUUAAAACAUGCUGAUGAAGCUCCAGUUAAAGAACAGGCGCGAUCAGAAGUUGCAAACUCUGCUAGUUCACUGAAAGAAGGAAAGUCAGCCACUGAGCCCAUUGAGAUGGAGCAGCAGUGUGCCACGUGUGAUACGAACGAAAAUAAAGUCAUGGAUGAGAAAACUUGUUAUUCUGCCAAGCAAAAUGGAACAAAUGUAGACUGUAUUAAAAUACAUGAUCUCAACCUCUGUGACGUUUUUGAAAAUGCCGUCCAAACCAUUAAGAAUGGAGAUGAGCACAAGUUAGAGAAUCUGUGUCAGCGUUACUGUGGCCUACCUGCCCACACUGAUGAUGCUGGGAGAUCUCUCUUGCACAUUGCUGCCAUCUAUGGGAAUGCUGAAAUCUGUCAGGUCUUAUUACAAAAUUGUGAAGUGCAGAAACUAUUAAAUAGCCAGGACAGAGAAGGACGAACGGCAUUACAUUAUGGAAUUGUCCACAACAACAGGAGGAUGAAGCGACUGCUUCUAUGCAAUGGAGCCCUGCCUGAUAUUCCUGACAAUUACUCACAAACUGCUCUGGAUCUGGCUCUGAACAUGAUUAAUGCAGGAGAAAUUGGCAGUGAUUGAUGCUCUGAUUGCUGUCGACAGCAGACCUCUACGGUCUCCACAAACGGCCACUUUUCCAAGGGUUAGCUCCUCAUUGCAACAAGGAAAUCCUCACUCAGUUACUCUACUCAAGUUCUCCAAUACCAGUUGGAACUUUCUUCUUGUGAUACUGCGUGCUUUCCUGCAGUAAUAUCCAUGCACAAACCUUAAGCAUUGUUCUUAUGUUGUAUGUGCCACAAUAGAUUAUUUGUCGUGUUGGUCAUGAUUAGCCAAAUGAUCCACAGUUGAAAGCAGAUGAUACAAAGCUGUAGCAAGAUGUUUAAGAAGGAACUGCAGAUGCUGGAAAAAUCAAAGGUAGACAAAAAUGCUUGAGAAACUCAGCGGGUGAGGCAGCAUCUAUGGAGCAGAAGUCUGAAGAAGGGUCUCGACCCGAAACGUCACCUAUUCCUUUGCUCCAUAUGUUGCCUCACCCGCUGAGUUUCUCCAGCACUUUUGUCUACAAAGCUGUGGCAAAGUGAUUUUCCAAGAGGUUUUUUAGAGAUUGUGAAUUUAACAGUUCAAUGAUAAUUUUUUGUCACAUGCACCUAGGUAGAGUGAUUUUUUUUUGCAGUUUAGUGACAUGGUGGGCCGAAGGGCACGUUUCCAAGCUGUAGAACUCUGUUUCUAAAUAUAAUUAUAUUAUUGACCACCA